AUGAAUAUUGGGAGUGUCAGCUCGAGGAAAUAUCGCUAAACUAGGAAAAAUUCGUCGGCACGGAUUCUCUCCGGCCGAGUUGUGCUUCUCGGCAGACACAGAGUUCGGUAAUAUUUUCGGGCGAUUUUUAAAUACUUUAAAUUUCAAGUAUUCAAAAUAUUAUUUAAUGUUGUGGAUUCUGUUCAGCUUAGAUGGAACAACAUUUCAAAUAUAAUAAUGAUAACAAUAACAUUUCGACGAGCGGAGAAUAUUUUCAUUUUGACGAUUUAAAUAAAAUACUUUCAUUUUGAUUAUCUGAAAGAUUAAAUAUAUAAGAUGAAGUAUUUUAUUUUAAUAAUCUAUAAGAAUAAAAUAAGAAAUAUAUAUAACAUAAAUAAAAUAAAAGAAUAGGAUAAAAUGAAAUAAAUCUCGCUUGAAGCAUUUAGCAUCAUCCCAUAAAUAAUGCGCUUUUUUUUCAUUCUUUGACGUAAAUCGAAUUUCUAUCGUUGCGGUAUUAAGAGGAAUUUAGAUAAGAAUAAGUUUUAAAUAUACUGGUGGUAAAAAGUAUUUCGAAUAAUGUUUUCGUUAAAUGUUUCCUUUUCUUGCGUUGUUUUAAAACUCUUGGAAACGGUAGUAUUUAUGGAAUGAUCUAAUAUUUCUUGUCUUAGUAAUGAUCCAAAUAAAAAGUUCUUGCAUUCAAUUAAUAUGACACAUAGAAAAAUUACUACAAUUUUCAGUACGCAGUAUAUAAAAAGAGAUUAGCAAAUGUUAGCAAUAAUUUAUAGUCAUAAAUAUAUUGAAUCAUUAUUUUUAGCAAUAAUAUUUAAAACAAAGAAAAGAAAUAUUAAAAUAUUUUUAAUAAAAUGCUAUUUUAAAGACUUAUUGUGUUAAAUAAAAUAUUUCAUUUUCAAACUUUAUACGCAUACCUUUAAAUAAAUAGGAUUAUUUACUAUUUACUAUUUACAUUGUAUUUUGCCCAGCUCUGCAUAUUUAAGUAUAUGCAGUGAAGUAGAUAAUAUACCUCAAAAUAAAUAGAAUUAUUUACUAUUUAAAUAGUAUUUUACUUAGUUCUUUCAUUCAGAUGUAUGAAGAAAUUAAAUUAAAAACAGAAAAUGUAUACAAAAUUAAUUUGAAAUUUUAGAAAUUUUGGUCAAAGAAAUUUCUUCGUUCGAAGCUUGCUUUUCGAGAAAACGGAAUUCGAAAAUCUCUUCGUUUGAUUUUGGUUUCAGUAUCAACUGAGUAUGAGUAAAUUCAUUAAGGGAAACGAAACAUAAGUGAAUAUUAAACAUAUUAAAAAACUGCUUCUGUUAAUAUUUAUCUAAGCGUGAAGAUAAAAUUAAGAAAAAGCUAAUUAAAUUAACACUUGUAGCGCCAGAUCUGUUUUAAAAGGCGUAAUAUGUGGACUGACACUAAAGCCCAAAUGCGUUUUCAUAUACAUAUACAUUUCUGCAGAAAAAAAUUCUCAGGAACCGCGCGUUUUCCAUUUUCUCGUUUCCAUUUUCCAAAAAAGUCAAGCUGUUUUAAUAUUUACAUUUCUUUAAUCGUUUUAAUAUUUAUCUUCUCAAUUUUAAACAAAUUGUAACUAAUAUAUUUGAAAUCACUAAGAUUUCCUACACAGAAAAUUAGCUGGUUAAUAGAAUGGUAAAGAUUUUUAUUUUGAAAGUGCCAUUUUCAGAGUUUCAAACUGAUAUGAAGUGUAUUAUGUAAUAAAAUUUCGUGAGAUAAGAGCUAUAUCUUUUAUUAUUGAAAUAGUAAUAUUCGAUAGUGCUCAGAUAAUGAUUUCUUAAAUAAUAAUAAUUCCAAUAAAUAUAGAGGAUAGUAGCUCAGAUUUUUUAAAUAAUAAUAAUUCCAAUAAAUAUAGAGGAUUUCAUUUCAACUAAACUUCUAGAGGACGCAGUUUGUAGAAAGUUAAAAAAUACUAAUGGAGGAAAGAUAAAUUUGUUAAAAAUAUGUCGGAUGCGAUUUUUGAGGAUUGAACCAUAUAAAAUGUUCUAUAAAACAUCAAUGAAUGAGGAUGCACUAUUCAAAAGUCUGAAUUUACUAUCGCGUCGAGGGAGGCCAAGAAACUUUAAUAAUAUUGAAUUGACACUACUGUACAAAAAUACCAACACUAAAAUAAAAACCAACACUAAUCGCAACACUAAAAUACAACGAUAUAAUGGACUUAUUACACUAUAUACCACUUACUACGCUAUAAUUAUUUCCUGCAUACGCAAAUUGGGGAAGAAUGGAUUAUAA